AUGGGAUCUGCUGCUGGCAGCCUUUUUUUCAACUUAUAAAAUUACGAAAACUUGGGCUUAGCGAUAAUGAAAUCCAACGACUUCCGCCAGAGAUAGCAAACUUCAUGCAGCUGGUAGAACUUGAUUUGUCUCGAAAUGAUAUUCCUGAAAUCCCUGAAAGCAUCUCAUUUUGCAAAUCAUUACAGGUAGCAGACUUCAGUGGAAAUCCUCUUACUAGGUUGCCCGAAAGCUUUCCUGAACUACAGAAUUUAACAUGUCUCUCUGCAAAUGAUAUCUCUCUUCAAGCAUUACCUGAAAAUAUUGGAAACCUCUAUAACCUGGCAUCACUGGAAUUAAGGGAGAAUCUAUUAACAUAUUUACCUGAAUCAAUUGCCCAGCUGCAGAGACUAGAAGAACUAGAUUUAGGAAAUAAUGAACUUUAUAAUUUGGUAAGCACUGCAUAUAUUGAAAAUUCAGUACACAACUUUUUAAACUCUUGGUUGUAAAAUAUCAAAAAUGAGCUUUUUGAGCUGCCAGCAGAAAUAGGAAGCCUGAAAAACCUGCUGUGUCUGGAUAUCUCUGAAAACAAACUAGAAAAGCUACCUGAAGAGAUAAAUGGCCUGACCUCUUUAACUGACCUCCUCAUCUCUCAGAAUCUCCUUGAAAUGUUACCAGAUGGUGUAGGAAAGUUAAAAAAACUAUCCAUCUUGAAGGUUGACCAGAACAGGCUUACUCAAUUAACAGAAGCUGUAGGAAACUGUGAAUGUCUUACAGAAUUAGUUCUUACAGAAAAUCAGCUGCUGACUUUGCCAAAGAGCAUUGGGAAACUAAAGAAGCUGAAUAUAUUGAAUGUUGAUCGAAACAAACUUGUAUCUUUACCUAAAGAGGUAAUUAAUGUUUAUUACUUUAUUUACCCUAGGAGAAAUGAAGUACGUAGUUUUUAUUCAGGAAAAAUAGAAUGGAAGAGCUUAAGCUGCAGUGGCUGAUAAAUCUUCAAAUAAUUGAAGAAUAUAGAUGUAAUAAAGUUUGCAGGUGGAAUAGUGACUACAUUGGACUGAAAUUAGACCUUUACAUUUACUGGUGAAUGUACUGUGACUGAUGUUUGUUUGGAGAUUAACCAAAAUAAUUAAGACUUUACCUCCUAGCCUUGGGCUUCUCAGAUAAAGGAGGAGGACAGCUGUUACUUGUGUCAACAUCUUUUCACAGUGUAGGUGGAAAUCUGAAAUAUUAUCUUAAGUUUUAAGAAUAAUUG